CAACCAAUCAGCGGCGGCUCGGCGGCGGAGGUGUCACGUGGCUCCCCGGCAGCCAAUGAGCGGCGGGCGGCGGCGGCGCCAAGAUGGCGGACGAUAAGGACUCGCUGCCUAAGCUGAAGGACCUCGCCUUCCUGAAGGGGCAGCUGGAGAGCCUGCAGCGCAGGGUGGAGGACGAGGUGCAGGCCGGCGUGGGGCAGGACGGAUCGCUGCUGGCAUCGCCCUUGCUCAAAGGCUUCCUGGCGGGAUACCUGCUGGCCAAGCUCCGCUUCUCCGCCGUCCUGGGCUUCGUGGCCGGCACCUGCACCGGGAUUUACGCUGCCCAGAACUACGCCGUGCCCAACGUUGAGAAGACGAUUCGGGACUAUGUGAAUUCACUGAAAAAAGGUCGGGACUAGCGAGGAGGAGCCCGGAGGCAGUAGGGACUGCAGGAACGGUGCUCCUUAGGUAGCAGGCACAGAGCACCCCUAAGGCUCUAGGAGGCACAUAACCUGCACCCUUCUUUUCCCUGGAAAAGGUCUUUGCACCACGCCACUGCCACACGUCAGGGGGCUGGUGAUGGGUGUUGGUUGGGCAUCGUGGCAGCAGUGGUCACGGCACUAACCCACAGCGGCUCGAGAGCACUGAGGGGCUGCCAGCUGCCUUUUCCCCUUACCUUUGCCUGUGCCCCUGUGGACUGAGGGGCUGCUGUGCCCGGUCACCUGCGUGCCCUGCCACCAGCCCACGGUGUGCCCUGGCAAUGUGCUUUGCGUGGCUUCUCAGGAAGGCUUGUAGUUCUCAUCCUAACGAGAGACGGCACCCUGCUCUCCUGCUGCAUCACAAAUGUCGCAGGGAACAUCCUGCUUGAAUCAGGCUCAUUAAAUUCUUGGUAUUUGGUCU